GCAAAGGGCUGCGUGCACCAAUCUCCGCGCUCUGGGUUUGGAGGCGGGUCGCCUGCCGCCGCCCUUAUUGGCUUGGAGUGCACUGCGGCGCUUGUCUUGUCCAGCAAUGCUGCUUCCGUUCGGCCUCGCCGCUGCCUCUAGGCGCACUGGUUUGCUGGGGAAAAGGGUCUUCUUCACGGCCCUCGGCUGCAGACCCGCCGCGCUCAUGUCGACGCUGCUGAUCAACCAGGCCCCCUAUGCGUGGCUCAAAGAACUCGGGCUGAAAGAAGACAACGAGGGGGUUUAUAAUGGCUCCUGGGGAGGAAGAGGAGAGGUUGUGACAACAUUUUGCCCUGCUAACAAUGAGCCGAUAGCCAGAGUUCGUCAGGCCAGUUUGGAAGACUAUGAGGAAACCAUAAAGAAAGCUAAAGAGGCUUGGAACGUAUGGGCAGAGGUUCCUGCUCCUAAGCGAGGAGAAAUAGUGAGACAGAUUGGUGAUGCCCUGAGACAGAAAAUCAAAGUUCUGGGAAACUUGGUUUCCUUAGAGAUGGGGAAGAUCUUUGUUGAAGGUGUUGGUGAGGUCCAGGAGUAUGUGGAUAUUUGUGACUAUGCUGUUGGCUUAUCCCGAAUGAUUGGAGGACCAAUCUUGCCUUCAGAAAGACCUGGGCAUGCCUUACGGGAACAGUGGAAUCCUGUGGGAUUGGUAGGAAUCAUCACUGCCUUUAACUUCCCCGUCGCAGUUUAUGGUUGGAACAAUGCCAUUGCAUUGGUCUGUGGCAAUGUCUGUCUCUGGAAAGGUGCUCCCACAACAUCUCUCACGAGUGUAGCUGUUACAAAAAUAGUUUCCAAGGUCUUGGAGGAAAACAAAUUGCCUGGUGCAAUCUGCUCUCUGACAUGUGGUGGUGCAGAUAUUGGUACAGCGAUGGCAAGGGAUGAAAGAAUUGAUCUGGUGUCCUUCACUGGCAGCACAAAUGUGGGCAAGCAGGUAGCACUGAUGGUCCAGGAAAGAUUUGGGCGGAGUCUCUUGGAGCUUGGUGGAAACAAUGCAAUUAUUGUAUUUGAAGAUGCAGACCUUAAUCUAGUCAUCCCAUCUGCUCUCUUUGCGGCUGUGGGGACGGCAGGCCAGAGAUGUACAACUGCCAGGAGGCUGAUUUUGCAUGAAAGCAUCCAUGAUGAAGUGGUGGAAAAACUAAUGAAGGCAUAUGCACAAGUUCGAAUUGGAGAUCCAUGGGAUGCUAACACCCUAUGUGGUCCUCUCCACACAAAGGAAGCAGUGAAGAUGUUUGCUGAUGCAGUAGGACUGGCCAAACAGCAAGGUGGCUCUGUGGUCUAUGGUGGGAAGGUUUUAGAUCGCCCUGGAAACUAUGUUGAACCAACCAUUGUGACUGGACUUCCACAUAAUGCACCUAUUGUUCAGAAAGAGACAUUUGCCCCUAUCCUUUAUGUGCUAAAAUUCAAGUCAGAAGAAGAAGCCUUUGCCUGGAACAAUGAAGUGAAACAAGGCCUUUCCAGCAGCAUCUUUACCGAGAAUUUGGGCAGAAUAUUCCGGUGGCUUGGGCCUAAAGGAUCAGACUGUGGUAUUGCAAACAUCAAUAUUCCAACAAGUGGGGCUGAAAUUGGAGGUGCUUUUGGUGGUAAUAAGCACACUGGUGGUGGAAGGGAAUCUGGCAGCGAUUCAUGGAAACAAUAUAUGAGACGAUCUACUUGUACACUCAAUUUCAGCAAGGAUUUGCCUCUGGCUCAAGGGAUCAAGUUUCAAUAAUGGUCUUGUGAAUGCUCUACCUUGGCUGAAUUUGACAUUCAAGAAUGGACCACCUGUUGAUUGCACCUGCAGAGCCAGCUACCUGAAAUCAUCUAGCACUGAGGAUUUUGUAGCUGCUACGAUGUUCUCUUCCAAAAAACACAAAUUAUGUUGGACACUAAGAUCAUUUCAGUUGUGUAUCCAGGCUCUGAUUCUCUACUUAGGAGUUCAAGUGAAGAUCCUGAUGGGGACGAGGGGUUUUUUUCUAUAUCUGCCUGAAAAUUUUAUCUGCAAAAUCCUCAAAUGCCUUUUAUAUGUGCUGCAUUGGCAGCAAACUUGUGCCAAAUGCAUCAGGGAGAAUUCGUACAUAGUCUGCUGCAACACAUAAAUAAAAUUUCUAAAUCUC